AUAUCUAAGGUGAUUUUGAUGCAUAAUUAACCAAAUUCCACUCAUCUUGUUGUCAUUACGGGUAUAUGGUAAAUUUUUGUAACAAUUCAGGAGUAUAUAGUGAAUUUGAAAAAUUUUCAGAGGCAUAUGAUGAAUAAACGAAAAAACUCAAGAGUAUAUGAUAAAAAACCGUUUCUAUAAUUUUUGAUUUUUUUUUUUUUUUUUUUUUUACAGCCAAAAGGUUAUCGAUGAACUUAUCAAAGUACUGAACUAAACAGUACAAAAUUGUUACUAUUAAAAAUUCAACUGUCAGAGCAACUGGGACCCCGUGUAAGUACUCAAAGAGUUAAUAACUACUCUCCACGUGUUCGGUGAGAUUGAAUUUAGUUACCAAUCUUAAAGACAAAAUUACACUAAUUAAAAAUCCAAAAUUAAGUUAAAAAAAAUAAAAUAAAAUUGAAAACCUCUUACAGCAGCAAACUGUUCAGUUGGAUGAGAGAGAGAGAAAAAGAGUGAGUGAGUGAGAGAGACACAAGGUUUUCUUGUUAACGUCAGCAGAAUCAAAGUAUCUCUUCAUUUCAAGGAGAAGUCACAAAAACUUUAAUUAUCACAUUCACAUUUGUUUUUAGCAUUUCAUUGCAUUAUUAAGGUACUAUCCUUUUUAAUUCAUUUUUAUUUUUAUAUUUUUUUGUACUUCAAAAGUUAUCUUGAAGACUUAUAUUCAGAUGUCUAAAUCUAGAAAAAAUUUCAUUGGAUACACUGGAAUUUUAUGGGUGUUUUAUUGUGGAAAAAUGAGUUAAUUUUUGGUGGGUUUGUUGGGGUAUUGAAUUAGUUUUAGUAAUGUUAGGUUGCUAAAUAAAUUGGGGUUUAUGUUUUGAAAGGUAUGAUCUAUGAAUUUGUGUCCAUAACUUGAAAUGCUGAUGUUUUGACCAAAUGGGUUUGCUUUUAAGCUUGGGGUUUAUUUCCUUUUUCCUAAUUUUUUGUUCAAUAUUUGAGUAAUGGGUUAAAUGGUGUAUCUCAUAGUUUUGUGCAUUCAAAAAUUUGAGAUUUAAGCUAUAAAGUUCUGUCAUUGGCGGGGAUACCUGUCGUAUAGGUGUUGUGUUCUGGACCAUUUGCUAGGCUGGCGAGCUCCCCCAGAUAAGUUCGUAAAACGAAGCUUAUUAAUACACCAAUUUAGAAAGAAAGAGGAAGGAUAUUAGAGGCAAUCAAACAUAACUCACGGCUUAUAUAGUGGACUAAACCACGAGAUUAUUUCAAUUUCCAAUUCAUUUCACUCAAUUCCUUACUCUUUUCAUGAUAACAUUUAAUAAUGCUACAGCAUCUCUGGAGUAGUAUUUAUUACUAAUCACAUUGUUUAGAUCAAGUGCACAUUUUCGAGACCUUGGUUGUUAUCUUUUCCUCUCAUUUUCUCUCUCAAAAAUGGCUUCGUCUUUGCUUUGUCUUGUUUUCGUAUUCGUCUUGAUAAGCUGCAGUGAUUAUUUUGCUUCUUCAAUCAAUGCUACUGUUCUUGAUGGACUUCUCCCAAAUGGAAACUUUGAACAAGGACCAAAGCCAUCAGACUUAAAGGGUACAGUAAUCAAAGGAAAAUACUCCCUCCCAAAAUGGGUGAAGAAGGGCUUAGUAGAGUACAUAUCAGGUGGACCUCAACCGGGUGGCUUCUUCUUCGCGGUUCCACGAGGUGUCCACGCUAUAAGGCUAGGGAAUGAGGCCUCUGUACAUCAAUAUGUGAGAGUUAAGAAAGGGUCAUAUUACUCCCUUACCUUUAGUGCAACAAGAACUUGUGCCCUAGAUGAGGUCUUAGGGGUUUCAGCUUCUAAUGACUCCGCGGAUUUACCCAUCCAAACGUUGUAUAGUAGCAAUGGAGGAGAUACUUAUGCUUGGGCUUUCGAGGCCUCUUCUCAAAUUGCUAAGGUUGCAUUUCAUAACCCGGGUAAGGAAGAAGACCCUGAAUGUGGACCGCUUUUAGAUGCCAUUGCAAUCAAAGAGAUGGCGCCACUUCCUAAACCCAUAGGAAACAUGGUGAAGAAUGGAGACUUUGAAAUCGGUCCACAUGUGUUCAAAAAUUUCUCAACAGGAGUCCUCCUCCUUCCACAUGCCCAUGAUUAUAUCACUCCACUUCCUGGUUGGAUUAUUGAAUCACUAAAACCAAUCAAGUACAUUGAUUCAACACAUUUCUUUGUGCCCUCAAGAUCCUUUGCUGUCGAAUUAGUAGGAGGAAGAGAGAGUGCGAUAGCUCAAAUCAUAAGAACGGUACAAGAUCAAUUCUACCUCCUCACCUUCAAAAUCGGAGAUGCCAAAAAUGGAUGCAAUGGACCUAUGCUAGUGGAAGCAUUUGCGGCCAAAGAUACAAUUAAAGUUAGUUAUGAAUCCAAGGGAAAGGGUGGUUUCACUUCUGCAAGUCUUAAAUUUAAGGCAAUCUCAGAUAGAACUAGAUUAACCUUUUGGAGUUCUUAUUAUCACAACACAGUUGAUUUUAGUCACAUGUGUGGUCCUGUCUUAGACGAUGUUAGGGUUGUGCCCCUUCACUAACUGCAAGGGACGGAAGAAAUAUUACGUAUGAUUAAAGAUUAUUUUGUAAGUGAUUAUUACAAAUGGAAUAAUAUGUUAUAGGGAUUAAAGCUGGAUUAUUUUGUAUGCCGUGAUUUCUAUACAAGGAAAUUUAAGACAUCAUGGUCUUAUCAAAGCAUGUAUUAUGAAAUGAAUUUAUAUAAGAUAUAGUAUUGUGAAAUGAUCUU